UACUACACCAUCCAAAUCAACCUUAAUUUCUCCCUUUAACCCAUACAAUACAAAAUACCCGAAAGCCAAACCAUGUCUAAUGUAUCAUCAUCAUCACUUCCGGUUUUCGCCCUGGAUGCCAAACCCAACUCGAACAUCACUCGACACACUGCAACUUUUCAUCCUACCAUAUGGGGGGAUUAUUUCCUUUCCUAUGAUCCUAGUUCUGCGGAAGGUGAUAGCGACAUCAAACAAGUUCAACAAUUAAAAGAAGACGUGAGGAAGAUGAUUGUAUCUCCUAUUGAUAACAAUUUCUCUUUUAAAUUAAACUUUAUCGACUCGAUACAGCGUUUGGGUGUUUCUUACCAUUUUGAACACGAAAUUGAUCGAGCAUUGCAUCAAAUUUAUGACAUUUCAACAAAGGACAAUAAUAUCAUAAGUCAUGAUAAUGAUCUUCAUCACGUGGCUUUACUUUUUCGAUUGCUUAGACAACAUGGAUAUCGCAUUUCAUCAGGUGUAUUUUUCAAAUUCAAGGACCAAACUGGAAAGUUCAAUGAAAGGCUAGCAAAUGAUAUACAAGGAAUGUUGAGCUUGUAUGAAGCAGCCCAACUAAGAUUUCAUGGAGAAGAGAUACUUGAAGAAGUACAUGAUUUCACUCUCACCCAGUUAACUAAGUCACCAACCACCCAAUUAAGCCAUUUCCUUGCUGCACAAGUGAAACAUAGCUUAGGGCAAUCACUUCGCAAGGGAAUGCCUAGAUUGGAGACAAGAUAUUAUAUGUCUUUCUACCAAGAAGAUCCCUCACAUAAUGAAAGUUUGUUAACCUUUGCAAAACUAGAUUUUAAUAUGUUGCAAAAGCUACAUCAAAUAGAAGUCAGUAGUAUGACCAAGUGGUGGGUUAAAGAUUUGAAUGUCUCAACAAAAUUUCCUUUUGUGCGGGAUAGGAUUGUAGAAUGUUGCUUUUGGAUUUUAGGGGUCUACAUUGAGCCACAAUAUUCUCUUGCUAGAAGAAUAAUGAUGAAAGUAAUUGCCAUAUCAUCCAUCAUUGAUGAUGUGUAUGAUUCCUAUGGAACCAUUGAUGAGCUAGAGAUUUUCACCGAUGCAAUUGAGAGGUGGGAUAUUUGCUCAUUGGUUGAUCUCCCAGAAUACAUGAAAUUAUGCUAUUCGGCACUUUUAGAUGUCUUUGAAGAAACAGAGCAAGAAAUGAGAAAGCAAGGAAAAACACACUUCGUCAAGUAUGCUAAAAAUGAAAUAAAAAGACUAGUCCAAGCAUACAUUACCGAAGCAAGAUGGUUUCAUUGCAACCACACACCAACAAUGGAGGAGUACAUGCAAGUUGCGACUAUGUCAUGUGGUUUUGCUAUGCUGACAAUUGUAUCUUUCCUUGGAAUGGAAGACACAACAGAGGAGGUUCUCAUAUGGGCGACAAGUGACCCAAAAAUUGUUGCAGCGGCUUCAAUUAUUUCUAGGCUCAUGGAUGACAUUGUUGGAAGUGAGUAUGAACAAGAAAGAGGACAUGUGGUUUCAAGCCUUGAUUGCUAUAUGAAGCAACAUAAUACCUCAAGGCAAGAUACCAUUGAAGAACUACUAAAGUUGGUUGAGAGUGCUUGGAAGGACAUUAAUGCAGCUUGUCUUAAUCCUACUCAAGUACCAAUGAAAUUUCUUAUGCGUGUUGUCAACCUUGCGCGCAUGAUGGAUGUGCUUUACAAAGAUGAAGAUAGUUAUACAAAUGCAGGGGGAAUAAUGAAAGAUUACAUCAAAAUUUUACUAGUUAAUAAGAUAUUUGAUUAAUUAUACAAGUUAGAAGUUUAUUU